AUGUUGAAGCCAUUUCAGAUAAGAGAUCUUCAUGGAUCUCCAACACAAGAAGAUGCGUACAACUCUCUCGACUGUCUCCCGCAGAGGGACCAUGGUCACAGUACCUGUAGGCGCUCGGGCAUUGUGCAGCUCUCAGCCUCUGACUAUGAUGAGAUCGCAUUGUCUCAUCCCCGAGCCCGGUUGACAUACGUGGAUGAUGAUGACGGAGAGACUAUCACUGUCGGAUCAUCUCUUGAGCUUUCUCAACGUCUGGACGAACCUAUAUAUGAUAUGCCAAUCCAGUCAAACCCUACACAAGAUUCCGCGAUUCCUGAGACAAUGCACAUCUUCGAUAUUCGCCGAUCUAACUCUGUCACUGAGCUAUGGAAGCGAUUUGAGUAUAAUCCGGCUGGCCGGGAAACAGAAGGCACAAAAAAGGCAGUCGAAUCGACAACGGACAAUUUUGCUCCUCCUUUACAAGACGGCAGAGAAUCGAAUGCUGGUCUGUCUCCAAAUGAGGAUUCCGAACCGCUUUUGGCAGCGUUUGAAACAGAGAUGGCCAAGAUUCUGAGCGCUUCAGAGCCUCGCAAUAGAGAAAAUGCAGAAGAGAUUCCUUCUUCUACGGAAGUGCCAAACGAGCCGGCAAGCUCUGGCAGAUGCACAAAUCCGGCUGUGGCCUUGGCUCAGGCGAUGCACCACCUGAUCAACGGAGCUGAAAUGAUUGGCUCCGAAGUGAGGUCAAGAUUGCCAGAGUUGGAACAUCAGUUAGAGCAUCAUCUGCAGAACGCGCAAAGAGUCCUGCCAGAAAACGUCGGGUCGACUGUCCAGGCAGCUCUUGCGAGCUUGGAUGCUCAGAUGAGGAAUCUGACCAACGCACUGAACAAUGCAAGCAGUACAAGGGAUCGGAGAACCAGCAACAUGUUCCGGGCCGACGUUCCCACACCUGCAGAGGCAGUAGACAGUCUGUAUACUAUGGCUUCUGAGCUCGGCCAGAUGGGACACACACUAUACUCGGCCUUUGAGACUGAGUUCGGUUCCCGUACGGGAGCGAGAGACGCAAGUCAGCUGUCGGAUGAAAGUCUCCAAAAUCCGACGCCGGGUGACGAAGCUGUGGUAAACCGAGAGCCUUCAGCUGAAGAUUCGGGUUCGAGCACUAAGACUGAGAAGGAGGCGAAGAUCCCGCUAACCGCUGAAGAACCUGAUACAACCUCAAGAGGCCAGGAAAGUAAAAACCGAGAGGAGCCGCGACCAUCCAGCAGCCGGAUGGAGGAGCCUGGCCUUGCACAGUGCGUCCCACUUGCACAGUGCGUCCCAUCGCAACAGGACGAGGCGUCAGAGCUACCCGAAUCCGUUCGUCAUGGAGCCCCUACGUUUGAUCUUCCUUAUAGACCUCGUCCGUGGCGCCGUUUCCCUCAUCCCUCCCAUUGCCAUUCCCACCACCACCAUCAUCCGCAUCCGCAUCCUCAUUCUCGUCCCCAUCCACCUCCCCCUCCUCCGCACCGCCAUCACGAUAUUCAUCCCCAUCCUCAUCCUCCUCACCAUCCCCACCAGCAUCAUCAACAUCAGCCUCGUGCCUUUCCUCCGCCGCCCCCACCACAUCAACAUCAUCAUAUUCCUCCUCCCCCUCACCCACCUCACCCUUUCCAUCCUUCGCAUAUUCCUCGCCCAUCAUGGGGAGCCCACGGCCCCUUCCGUCCAUCAUUUCCGCCUCAUCCGCGUGCUCACAAUCAUGGAUCAUGGCGCUCCGCGUGGCCAUUUUUCUGGCCGCCCCAGGAGCAGCAGUCUGAAGCGCCGACAGCUGCUAUAAACCAAGUCCCCGACGCUACCGCCGGUGCAGCUCGUUCUGCAAAUGCAGUGUUGUUCAUUGGCAAUGUAGGGUUCAAUGUCGGUGAGAAUACAAUCAGAGAUGUAUUCGCUGCAAAGGGAUUCCUUGUUGAUGUCCACUUGCCUUUGGACGCCGAAACCAGGAAACAUGCUGGCUUUGGCUACCUAUACUUCCCUUCGAUUCACGCGGCAAGGGCGGCAUUGGAUGCCUUGCAAGGUACACACAUUGAUGGUCACUCUAUCAAUCUGGAACUAAGCGACCAUUCGCCAAUUACGUCCAUCCAUCCUGACCAGGUUCCAGAGUGGGGCCACGCUCGUCGACCAUCGGAGCUGCACAGCUCGGCCAAUCCAUCUUCGGGAAGAAAGCCUGAGCGGCGCGAGGUUGGACAAGAUGAUAUUGGUGGAGAGUCCGUCAAAGCGAGGGAGACACGACCGAUUCCUCUGAGUGUGACCGAUUUAUGUUCGAGCAACGAAGGCACAGAUCAUGAGCCAAAAGGAAACAAUAUCCUGAGCACUACGCCUGACAAUUUCCCCCGUCUCAAUCGAGACUUAGAGCGGAGCCGCUUUCCUCCCAUGUCUCAAAUAGAUGCUCAUGUUCUAACCCACCACCGUCGCGACCCGGACACAUCAGUGUUGGGUGCGUCGGCGCCCGAGUGUGAUGCGAGCCAUGGGAAUGAUGUCCCUGGCAGAUCGUGUCAACUGCAAAGUACCCCAGGCUCGUUUCCUGACGAUGAUGGCGAUGAGACGCGGUCAGGUCCAUUCCAAGAACUAGCUCAAACCUCAGGCACAGGUCAUGAUGAUCACUGUAAGCCUCGUCGGUCAAAGAGUAUGAGAUACCUGAAUCGCAAUGGAGAUAGAAGUCCCUCAAGAGCCUUGAGACGGCGGGCAACUGAGCGACACUCCCUACGCCAUAGUACACGGAACAGCGUUGGUGGAUUUCACGACGAGGGAUGCGCAUACGACAACUACUCCAAUACUUUCGGGCACUCUCGUCCUCGGAGCCUGCCCCUAUCGCAGGAAGGAAUCUCGGUCCCGGAUGAGAACGAACAACAGCUUGACCCAAGACAGAGUGCCAUUGACGACUGCGUGGUUAGUCUGAUUGGCCUAGGAUACGAGAAUACACUGGAGGGUGGUAUUCAACGGAUUGCGGUAUAUGCAGCCGCAGCGGACGGCAAGAUAUCAGACGCCAUUGAGAUGAUUGAGGAAGAACGCAAGGCGUACGAACAGCAAGGUCUUUGA